AUGGCUCGUAAAAUGUAUUACGAUGGAAAUUACGAAAAAAAGGGAAAGGGAUUGAUGCCAGUCAAAUGGAUGGCGAUUGAAUCCCUGACGGAUCGCAUUUAUUCUAGUCAAUCAGACGUUUGGUCUUACGGAGUUCUUUUAUGGGAACUCUUUUCUCUAGGAAAAGUUCAAUGUCCAGGAUUGGACGCGGGCCAUCAUCUCGUCAAAGAAAUUCAAAAUGGAUAUCGCAUGGAGAAACCAGGAACUGCACCUAGUUUUUUGGGAGAAAUUAUGACCAACUGUUGGAAAACAGAACCAAAAGAGAGACCGACAUUUGGCCAAAUUGAGGAAGUUAUAAGCAAACAUAUGGAGUCAUCCGUCAGCUCUCAUUAUCUUAAUCUGAAUGCUCCUUAUGUUAAACUCAAUGAAGCUAAAGAAAUUGCGACAUCAAACGAUGUUUUUGGAUUGGCGAAGUUAUUGACCGAUUAA